AUGCGUCCUAUUUUUUUGACACUUUCUCUAUCCACUGCUGUGGCUGCGGCCUUUGUUCACCCAGGUGCGCUGCAUACUACCGAGGAUUUCGAGCGUAUUCGGAGCCAUGUCGUUAAGGGGGAUGAGCCUUGGAAUACAACAUGGACCCUUUUGACUUCUAGCUCCUAUGCACAAUCAUCCUACCUCCCAACACCAAAAGAGACUGUCUACCGCGGGUACAAUGGUGUCGACUCUGAGAAUUAUCCGUCUCUCUAUCGGGAUACCGCAGCCGCAUACCAACUUGCGAUUCGCUGGCUAGUAUCCAAUGAUGCGAGCUAUGCAGAUGCUGCAGUGAACAUUCUCAGCUCAUGGGCCGCAUCACUAACAGAUAUUGAAGGUACCAGUGAUAAGUUUUUGGCUUCGGGGCUAUACGGAUAUCAAAUGGCCAAUGCAGCUGAGCUGAUGCGUGAUUAUUCCGGCUGGUCGAGCGACAACAAAACCCUGACAGGGACCAUGUUGACCAAUGUAUUUGCCUCGAUGAAUACUCGGUUCUUGGAAGAGCACAAUGGGCAGGAUUAUUAUCACUACUAUGCCAACUGGGACCUGUGCAACUUGGCAUCCCUGGUCGCCAUUGGGAUCUUCACUGAUAAUCAAACAAUGUUCGACUAUGCUGUAGAUUAUGUGCGCACCGGGCCUUCCAAUGGUGCUCUACCUGUGUUUUCUAUCGCCAAUUACACCGAGGCGGACACCGGCAAAGCUCUGGUUCAGGGUCAGGAAGCUGGUCGGGACCAGGGUCAUGCUACACUGGAUAUGGUUCUUCUGGGUGUGGUCGCCCAACAGACGUAUAACCAGGGCAUCGAUCUUUUUGCUGAAUAUGAGAACGAGAUUCUGAAUUCUGCCGAAUAUACCGCCAAAUACAAUGUCGGGUCCGAUGUUCCCUACACACUGUACCAGAGCUACCAGGGAAAUCAGACUGUUAUCUCGAACAAUUCGCGUGGAGACAUUCGCCCUGGAUUUGAGCUCCUCUCGGCUCAUUAUGGACAGUUGAAAGGACUCAACUCUUCGUGGAUUGAUGCCUAUCGCGAUAUGGUGAAUGCAAAUUCUACGAGUGGUGUUGAGGGUGGUGGUGGAAACUAUGGCCCAAACUCGGGGGGUUUCGAUGGCCUUGGCUUCGGAUCUCUUCUUUAUCGACUUUAA